CAAAAAGUUGUGGAUGGAUGUGUCACUGACGAAAGAUAAUGGAUGUUGUCAGAAAUGUCUUGUUCUGACGUUCUAAAAUCAUAUCCAGUUACUUGAGUAAUUUGUAUUUGGUGUACUAUGUCGUAAAAUGUUAUCAAUAAUAUUAAUUUUAUUACCUGCCCUGUGUAUGUUACAAAUGGGUGAAAUUGUUUUAAAGGAGGAAUUGUCCUUAAGUUAAUUAACAGUCAGGUAGGCUUGACCAAAAAUUACCUGUUACAUUUUUCGAACCAAAAUAGAGAAGUUAGAUGCUGUUACAAUAAUAUAGGAUUUAAUUUCUAAUUGCACAAUUCAUAAAAGUCAUAAAUCCUAUGUAUUCUAAAAAGGACUAUCAUCAAACAUGAAGUCUAACGAUUACCAUGUCUUUAUUCAUCAUCUACAUGUUGUAGUGUAUCUUGACCGGGUAAGUUCGCGACAUCUGCUGAAUAACCAGGAGAUAAUCUUGACCUAUGAGCAUGAAUAGUUCCGGGUCACCUGACGUCACGUCCUGUUCGUAGUCGUGGCGAUCGGCGUGGUUUGGAGAGUUUCUCAUCCUUCCAGAAAGACCCCAAAAAUCCGCUGACUUAGAAAGCCAUCUGGCCUUUCUGUGCAGUACUAGGGUUAAAGUUUGUUCAGAAUUUGCACCAGAUAUACAAGGAUGGCAACAAAAAGCAACGUGCAGAGUUUGGAUGGCAUCAUGCAAAAGGCGACAAAGGAUUCCUAUGUGCUAUCAGACAAAGAGGAGAAAUCCUACAAAUGUGAGGAGUGCAACAGUCGAUUCAGUCAGCUGGAUCAUCUGAAGACUCACAUGCGGACUGACACAGGGGAAAAACCAUAUAGGUGUGAGGAGUGCAACAAGCAGUUCAGUCAACUAAGUCAUCUGAAGAGACACAUACGGACUCACACAGGUGAAAAACCCUACAGUUGUGAGGAGUGCAACAAACAGUUCAGUGAGCUGGGAAAUCUGAAGAGGCAUAUGCGGACUCACACAGGUGAGAAACCCUUCAGGUGUGAGGAGUGCAGCAGUCACUUCAGCGAGCUGGUUCAUCUAAAGAGACACAUGCGGACUCACACAGGUGAGAAACCCUUCAGAUGUGAGGAGUGCAGCAGGCAGUUCAGUUUGCAGGCUACUCUGAAGAUUCACAUAAGGACUCACACUGGAGAGAAACCCUAUAAAUGUGAGGAGUGCAGCAGGCAGUUCAGUGAGCUGGGUAGUCUAAAGAAACACAUGCGGACUCACACCGGUGAGAAACCAUACAAGUGUGAGGAAUGCAACAGGCAGUUUAAUGAGCUGGGUCACCUAAAACGACACAUGCGGACUCACACGGGUGAGAAACCCUACAGCUGUGAGCGAUGUAGCAGUCAGUUCAGUCAUCAGGGUGCCCUAAAGAGACACAUGCGGACUCACACCGGUGAGAAACCGUACAAAUGUGAAGAAUGCAACAGGCAGUUUAAUGAGCUGGGUCCCCUAAAAAGACACAUGCGGACUCACACGGGAGAAACCGUACAGCUGUGAGGGGUGUAGCAGUCAGUUCAGUCGCCUGAGUGCCCUAAAGAGACAUGUGCGGACUCACACAGGUGAAAAACCCUACAAGUGUGAGGAGUGUAGCAGACAGUUCAGUCGUCUGGGUGCCCUAAAGAGACAUGUGCAGACUCACACAGGUGAAAAACCCUACAAGUGUGAGGAGUGUAGCAGACAGUUCAGUCAGCUGGCUAACAUGAAGAGACACAUGCGGACUCACACUGACAAACUCACACUGACAAACCCAGAGAAAUGCUUAACUCUAUCAAAAGAACAUCACAUUUGACGCCUGCUCUUGCAUUUAAUAAUGUUGUUCUUUUGGUAAGAAACUAGAAGUAAACUUCAUUGUACAUUCAGUGAUGAGUCAUAAAUAGUAGAAAGUCAGGGCUCGAAAUUCAUUUUUGGGAUUAGGUGCACCAGGCACCCAGUUUAAAAAUUUGGUGCAGCAAAAAAUUUUUUAGUGCACCACUUAAAUUUAAGUAGAAUGUCAGAAAAUCCUAAUUAUGAAACUUAGUUACAACUUACAAGCUAUCAAAUUCUUAAACAAGUAACAUGACAGACAUUUUUAUUAUCUUUCUAACACUUUUUUAGAUGUCAAGAAUAUGAUGUAUACAUGUAUACUUUGAUAUCUUUACAUGCAUAAGCCUAUAUGAAAAUAUUUGGGUGCACCAAUGCACCCACAGAAAAUAAUUGGGUGCACAGCUCUAAUUUCAGGUGCACCUGGGUGCACAUGCACCCAGUAUUUCGAGCCCUGAAAGUACAUGUUAACAUGAAAAGUGAGUGAGAAGUACAUGUUAACAUGAAAAGUGCCUCCACUUCUGAACCUGAGAUCAUGAUAUUACUUACUAAUUAUUUUCCUCUUCUAGGAAUAGUAACUGUAGCAAGUAGCUAUGUUAUGAAGCAUUGUAUACUAGUAGUCUUGGCUUAUAGUUUGAAUUUAUAUGGAAGAACAUUAAUUUUGUAAGAUGAGUCUAGUUCUAUUAGUAAAAAUCUUUAAAUUUAUCUGAUUAUUUUGAUAGUUUGCCAAAACCAAUGCAAAGGGCAAUGCCAAAAGACUAUUGGUAAAGCUGAUUUGCAAACUUGUGAAUGACAGCGCAUUUAUCUAAGUUUGUGGUUUUGUUUUUUUAUUGUUUUGUUUGAUUCUUAGAAAUGAGGAUGUCUAGUAGUCUGGUUGUUCAAGUUAUUAAUAAAGUUACCUUUUCCCGUGAACUUGC